AUGUUCUUCCUCAAGAAUAUGGAGCGCAGGGUCACCCUGCACCCUUCGUACUUUGGGCGCAACAUGCACGACUUGGUCACGAGCAAGCUAUUGAAGGAUGUCGAGGGCACCUUCGCCGGAAGCUACUACGUCAUCUCUAUCAUGGACACGUUUGAUAUCUCCGAGGGAAAGAUUCUGCCUGGUAGUGGGCUCGCCGAGUUCAACGUCGGGUACCGUGCGGUCGUGUGGAGGCCCUUCAAGGGCGAGACGGUUGAUGCCGUCGUCUACUCCGUCAACCAUCAGGGCUUCUUUGCCCAGGCUGGUCCUCUCCGACUCUUUGUGUCUGCUCACUUGAUUCCUUCGGAAAUCAAGUGGGAUCCCAACGCGACGCCGCCACAGUUCACGGACAACGAUGACACCAUCAUCGAGCCCGGAACGCAUGUGCGCGUCAAGGUUAUCGGCACUCGUGCCGAGGUCAGCGAGAUGUGGGCCAUUGGUAGCAUCAAGGAGGAUUACCUUGGGUAUGCCGUCUUCCUAUCCUUCGUUGCCGUGUGA